AUAAUUGCCUCGAAUCCUCUUUUCUGCUCAAUUUCUGUAGAGAACUGCCAUCCACGCGAUUUUGUGGCGAACAUUUUUGUUACCAUUUGAGUUUUUCAGAGCAAUCUCUGUUCUAAACAAAGAGGAAAAGCAGAGAAGAGGAUGGAUAAGGAACUCUUCACUGCUUUGAAAACUGCUGAUCUUCCUGCUACCUAUGAAGAUUUUCAUCGGCAGUUUCCGAGUGCUCUGAGUGGGGUUACUUUUGAAGGAAAUACUGCUCUACAUAUUGCUGCAGGGGAAGGCCAUCAAAAUGUUAUUGAGUGGAUUCUACGAGUGGAACCCUCUAUGGCUGGAGCUCAAAAUAAUGAUGGUAAUACGCCACUACACGAAGCUGCUAGAAAUGGUGAUCCAGAUCUAGUCGGAAUUCUCCUUCAGUACAACAGGAGCUGUGCGUCCCUCUUAAAUAAUUUUGGAGAGACACCUCUAAUAACAGCUUGCAAGUAUGCCCACGAGAGAACAGUCAACCAAUUGUUGGAAGCGUAUAAUGAUACAGCCGAAGCAACAUACGAGGGAGGUGUGACCUCCCAUCUGCAUGCAGCCGUGCAUGGAGGAUCUGUUGAGAUUGUAAGAGCAAUACUAAAUCAUCGUACUGAUCAUCAUGCUUGGCAUAAUGACUUAAUGACAGACAGGGAUAAGUCUAGAAGAUGCGCAGUUCAUGUAGCAGCCAUGGAAGGCCGUUGGGACAUAAUGGAACAAUUUAUGUCCAAAAGGCCAGACUGUGUCGAAAUCCUGGGUUCAGAUAAUAAGUCUGUUCUACAAUAUGCCGUCGAAUAUAAUCAAUUUGAGGUAGUGAAGAAUCUAUUGGCGAACGAAAGGGCAGAAAAAAAAGUGAAAUUGGUGAGCCGGGACCAUGACCUUUUUCAGAAUACAGCACUACAUUUGGCAGCAAAAAGGGCAGUAGAUUCUCAGCUGCUUGAUCUCCUCCUCUCAUCUCCAGGUGUAGACGUGAAUGCCCGGAACGACGAAGACAUGACUGCACUUGAGAUAGCAUCUGCUGCAGCUCAAGACAACUUCCAUUGUGCAACCAUCAUAAGGAAACUGAAAGGUGCCCGGGCUAUACACUCUAGACUACUGCCCAAUACAAUUCCUGAUAAUAUCGUUAGUGCACACAUGGUAGUGGCAUCACUCAUUGCCACUGUCACAUUUGCAGCCAUGUUUCAAAUCCCAGGUGGAAUUGAGGAUGACAAAAAUAAUAUACACUAUGGAGCUGCCAAGUUGGCAUUACAUAAGCUUUUCAGAUUGUUCGUGUUUUCUGAUAGUGCGGCCUUUAUUACUUCUCUUGCAGUGGUGGUCGCAUGGUUAUGUAAAGAACGGUGGCAAAGAACAUGUUUGGGGUCGUUAUUUCCAUAUCUGCUGUCUGAUAUCUCCGAGGUGAACUUACUACUCUCAAUGCUCUGGACGGCUGUAGCAUUUGUGAUUGCCACUAUUAUGGUCAUAUUACCCCAUGAUUAUGACAAGUUGAAUAUUAAGGAUAAUGACGCUUUCACCAAAUAUAAAUCGUUUUGGCAAUUCGAAAUAUUCCUUGUAAUUAUCACACCAUAUUUGUCUGCAUUCAUUAUUAUUGCUCCAUACAUGGCUGUUGCUGUCAUUCGAAAGACUUUUAAUAUUGCCCCACAUAUGUCUGUUGCUGUCAUUCGAAAGAUUUUUAAUACUGCUGCACACAUGGCUGUUGCUGUCAUUCAAAAGACUUUAAGGAAGCCGGAUACUAGGAAGAGGGCUUUGAAAUGGUUUCUUCACGAUCCUAGUACUCUCAAAAUCCUGCUUGCCCAAUUUUUUAUGACCACAGCUUUUAUUCUCGCCGUUACUUUUCUGUGAGCGAACAGUUCAGUUCGUGCUUUACAAGACAAAUAAAUUAUUUACAUAUAUUCUGCAGUU